CGUUGCCUAGGGAUAGUCCAUGACAUCACACCCAGUAGCGAUCUCUCCGCAGUGUGGAAAUAGUUGAAGAGCGCACGCAGUCCAAUCCACAAAACACAUUUUUAGCUAAGCGAGAAAUAUACAAUUGUGAGUUUCUUGUCAGCGUCGCUUGGACAUGAUUUGUAUUAUUUUUAACAGGCUCUGAAAGACGCGCAGUCAGUGAAGGACGUUUGAAAACUGACUUCUGAUUAGUUCACAAUUAAGUUCAAACCGGAAAAGACACGGAUAGAGGUUGUUUUUAUCAACGACAUAAGAUUAAUUUAAAUCAGAGCACAGGCAGCAUGGCGAGAGAAGACGCUGGAAAUUGGCAUGACUUCACAAAAAUGAUCGGACUGUUCAGCGUGGUCACGUUGCUGACUUUUCAAGGGGCGGUGUCUCAGCGGGUGAAGGUGGAACCGGAAGUGAUGUCCUACCCCAGCCAGGCGGUUAACCUGAGGUGUGCCUUCACAGACGCUGGAGGGAUACAGCUCACACAGGUGUCCUGGAUCUAUGAGCCGAAGGAGGGCGAGCGGCUCAACAUCGCCGUGUACCACCCUAACUUUGGGGCAAGUUACCCCACAUCGCCCCUGAAGGGGCGGGUCCGCUUCACGACAGAGCUCCCCUCCCUCAGCAACCCCUCCAUCCAGAUCUCAGACGUCAAGAUGACUGACGAGGGGAAAUACAUCUGUGAAUAUGCCACCUACCCCAGUGGCAACGAACAGGGUGUCACCUCCCUCGUCAUGCUAGCCAAACCCAGGAACUCUGCCUCCGGGGUAACAGUGAUAGCCUCCACUGUGGCCACGGGAGCCCAGCCAGUUGUCGUGGCCCGCUGUGAGUCGGCCGACGGUCGUCCUGCUGCCCAGAUAGCAUGGGUGACAGCUGUCAACGGCAACGCUACCUCCGCCUCUACGGCGGGCGCUGACAACACAGUGACGGUAUCCAGCCAGUACAUGCUGGUUCCCACAGCAGCAGACAACGGCAAAGACAUCAGCUGUUUGGUGUCCCAUCGAACCCAGGCCAAGGCUGAGAGCUUCCUGAUGAACCUGGCCAUCGAAUACCCCCCACAGGUGACCAUCCUGGGCUAUGAUAAUAACUGGUAUGUGGGUCGGACCAACGUGGCUCUGACCUGUCAGGCUACUGCCAACCCCGUCCCUACCACCAUCGCAUGGAAAACUAUGUCCGGUCAGAUGCCAGACACAGUGCAGGUAAAAGAAAACGUGCUGACUGUGCUAAAGGUGGACGAGCAGAUCAACACAACCUUCGCCUGCGAGGUCAAGAACCGCCUGGGCACCGGCAAGGACCAGGUCACUGUUAUGGUCCGAGAACCCUCUGUGGUCCCCUCCAACGCGGCCGUGGUGGCAGGUGCUGUGAUUGGCUCCCUUCUGGCCCUCCUCCUCGUCGCCGCCCUUAUCGCCGUCCUGGUCACCCGGAGCCGCCGGCAACAUCAGGGUUACCGUGGCAACCCAACCCACAGCUCCUUCGACAUAAAGUCGCGUCUCUUCGGCUCCGGCAAGAAGGGGAGCAAGAACGGGACAGGUGCUGGCGCCGGGGGCAACGGGGUGGGCGGCAACAACAACAGCCCCAUCUACGUCUACAAGGAGGGCUCCGCCCAUGAUGGCCUGACUGACAAGGCCAAUCAACAUGUGCCGCUGCACCUGGGGGGGCAUGGUGAGGGGGGGGUUGCCACGGCGCCCACGGCGCAGGACAUCUUGCUGAGCGGUGAGCUGGAUGAGGCAGAGCGAAGGAAGUUUGACCAGCUGGAGGACGAGGAGGAGAGUUACGACCACUUUGGAGGGGGCGGGCCCAUCCUGCAACUCCGCCCACCACAUGACCAGGACGGAAUCAUGAGCGGUUACCUUGACGAUGACAUGGAGUCUCAGCGCGACGGGUCGGUCAUCUCACGGACUGCCGUGUACGUGUAGAGAGAACGGGCAGAGGAAGAGGAGGAGGAGGAAGGGAAAGCAGGAUGGAAGAAGGAAAAGAUUAAUGAACAUGUCCUCCUUUGAGAGGAGUCGGUGGUGUUGGGAUCUCCUCUGUUGGAUCAUUUGAAAUAUAUUAACAACGACCAAACAUGCAGCCCAUAGAGAGAGCAAGAUGAAGUGGCUGAGGGAGGCAAUGUACAGAAACCAGAUGAACUGAAUGAAGUGGCUGAGGGAGGGGAUGUACAGAAACCAGAUGAACUGAAUGAAGUGGCUGAGGGAGGGGAUGUACAGAAACCAGAUGAACUGAAUGAAGUGGCUGAGGGAGGGGAUGUACAGAAACCAGAUGAACUGAAUGAAGUGGCUGAGGGAGGGGAUGUACAGAAACCAGAUGGAGGACUGGUGCGUUGAUAAAACAACUAUUUUUCUCUGGUCCCAAUAUGAAAAGUGGAUCACUUGAUAUCUAUCUACCAAAACAAUGAAAGAAAUCCUGAAACUAUCUUUCUCACAUCGCUGCUCUGUCUGUUGUGUUCCUCAUUUCUUUAGUUUAGGGACCUUGGAGAUUGAAGCCUCCAGAGAGACACAUUGUAGUAGGGACUUGUGGGUAAAAUGGCAUCUCCAUACAGCCGUUCCUUCGCUAGCUAGAGAAACUCCUCACUAAAAUAUUCACUCUUAUCUCCACUAAAUGCACAGUAGCAAUGUAAGGGGUGUCACGAUGGUAUCUGCUCCCUGCUAUUCUCGUCUCUCUCCUGUGGGACAACGUUUGUUCCGACUACAGUAGCCUUGUUUCUGCUGUAUGUGACAGUACUGGGGAAGGGAACAGGAAGUUUGGCAGGGGAAGUGGUCGAUGUAGUUGUGGUUAAGUAAAAUGUCAAACUCUCUCUAGUGUCUGUAUGUUGCAGUAGGCCGCCUCUUUCUACCUCAUUUUCUCUCUGCUAUUGUGCCACCAACUGGAAGUAUGUGCAGAAUUUAGUUUGGGACAUUCUGAAAUGAUAAACAACUUACUGAAGGAGUGGUAGUCAUCUAGAUGAAGACAGUGCAUGAAAGGGGAAUUGAUAGAGGGAUAGGAGGGAGGGAAACCAUACAGCUGUUCUCUCAUGUCCGGAGAGACUGGGAGAGAGGGAUUAGGAUGAAUUGAUAGAGGGAGAAAAAGGGACGGCUCAAACAGCAGGCUGUUCUCCCUUUCCUCCAUUUGAUCCUUCCCUCCUUGUGGUGUUCCUGACAGGAAGAGUUUGAUUGCUAAUGAGCCUUGAAGUCAAUGCUCAUUUAAGCCCACACACACACACAAACCAAAUUACCACCGCUUAGAUGGUAUGACGUGGACAUUUUCUCUCCCUCCUCGCUCUCCUCUUCUCCCUCUCCUCCGUUCUCCCUCUCCUCCCUCCUUACCCUGUCUCUUACCUCUGUCUCUCUCCAUCACCUCUCUCCUUCUCUCCCUCACAGUCUCUCUCCUCCACCAGACUUUCUCUAUCACCUCUCUCUACCCUGUGUGUGUGUGUGAUUUACACAGGGCUGUGGGGAGGUCAGGGAUACAGGGAGAGCAGAGGGAGUAUUUCAUGCCUCCCUCUCUACGUGUCAAACACCCCAUUUACUGUACCCCCUUCCUCCUGCCAGACCUGACUCAGAAAGCCACGGUGGAGUCAUGCCCUGCUCACUGUACAUCUCGGCUUUCAUAGUUUGAUAAGUAAGGUUUCCUCCUAUCCCAUUGUAUAUGUUGCUCUGUCAAUCUAUACAAUCACAAGGUAUAUAGAAAUCCAAAUACAUGAUGACAUAUUUGCAUCUGUAGCUAAUUAAGAUACAAAUGAAUUGAUUGAUUCUGUGCAUACACGGGGGGGUGAAUGACCUGUUAUAGGACCUACAUUGACUAGCAGAGGUCUGGGUAUAAUCCUUCAUGAUUCAGACCGGAGGCCUGAUAGUUUAGUGACUAAUUUGUCUUUCUAACAAGACAGUCGAGGGCUGUUCAAGCCAAUAUCACCAUGUACAACUAUUAUACAUCACUAGAGGCAAACAGAUGAGCACUGGAAGGCUAUGACCAGCUGUCUUCCUGAAGAGCCUUACUUUCCUACCCUCAAUAGCCCAGAUCUGAAUCACCUCUGAAUCAGCCCCUUCACAACUCCUAUCUCAUGACUCCCCUGUGAUUCAUCGUGUUUCCUGGUUAAUCAGUGGGGUUUCCUUGGCCGCCCUGACCAGGUGAGGCACCUGAUUGGCCCAUUAAGCCUGGGUCUGUUUCUGAGUCACGACCAGCCAGAGGUCAUGGGGUCAAACGAUGUGCGUUUUACCGCUGAGGGCGUGGUGGGUGCCUGUGGGUCGCACCUCUAAUUGGGCACUUUAACCCAUAGGGUUCACAGAGAAACAUACAUAUUACACACACACUCUGGUGAGAGAGCGACAUGUAUUAGUGUUCCUGGAUGACCUUGACUGUUGUGGUGGAGGUUGACCUUGGUGUGGGGGAGAGAAAGGAACAGAGAGGGGGGACUGGGAGGAAUGGAUGGAUACUGACCCACUGUGCGACUUGCCUAACCAUCAGCACUUGAUAACACGAUAGCCUAAGUCUGUCAAUUACAAUAGAUUGAUAGCAUUAUGGCCUCAGUAUAGGCCAAAACUCAGACUUACAUACACAUUAUAGAUACAGUACACAUGCAGGGAGCAGGGCUCAACAGUGCAACCAUUUUACUCGCAUAUGCACCUAAAUAUUUUGCUGUGCGACAUAGAAUUUUUAUUUUGGAUGCCCAGUGUGCUGAGAACUGUUUGGAAUUCUAGCUUCAUUACCUCAAAUAUUUUUCACUGUGCUCCUAAAUUUCUUUGUGUGCGCCUACAUUUUUCAAUUUAGCCACACACGUGCUCCUAAAAAAAGGUCAGCAUAGAGGCCUGUAGUGAACCACUUAUCAUGACCACUAACACAAACAUGUAUCUCCUAUCUUUGCACUUGUAUGUAACACCAAAACAGGAUAUGCCCACUAGUUAUAUUUGUAUGAAGGUGAUUAAGUGUGUCUUUGGAGAAAUAUUGAUAAUGUCCUUCGGUUUGUAAUGUGAAGGAGGGAGGGAAGGGAGAAAGUUGUAUGUAUAUUUUGGUGUGAGGUAUCUGUAUACUAUAUAUGUACGGAUCUUUAUUUUUCUUGUCGAACUCCUGUGGAAAAAAUGUGGAUAUUUAUCAGUGUAAAUAACUGCUGUAUAGAGUCAAUGUUGUCGUGUGGAACUAAUUUCCUGGUUUGGCCAAGGUCAAAGUUCAAUCGGAGCCAAUAAUACUGUACUCAGAAUGUAACUGCUUGAAUAGACAACCCUUCAAUGAAAAGGUGUAGGAUGUAUAAGAUGCACAUCUUCAGCUAUUAAAUACAUGUAAACAUUUGAGUUUUUCAGCCAGGAUGAUGACUGAAAUAACUGGAUUAGACAGGUUCACUAAACUCAAUCAGCUGCCCCUUCACCCAUAAACACACACACUAUUUAUCAGAUAGAGUAGCUCCCACAGAGUCAGCGCUGUGUGUGGUUUCUGAGUCAGCGCUGUGUGUGGUUUCUGAGUCAGCGCUGUGUGUGGUUUCUGAGUCAGCGCCGUGUGUGGUUUCUGAGUCAGCGCUGUGUGUGGUUUCUGAGUCAGCGCUGUGUGUGGUUUCUGAGUCAGCGCUGUGUGUGGUUUCUGAGUCAGCGCUGUGUGUGGUUUCUGAGUCAGUGCUGUGUGUGUGUGUGGCUCAGGGGCUUUGGGACAUCUGUCACUGUGUGUGGGUGUCUAACCCUAAUGUAACCCCCAUUUCCUGCCCCCUCUGUCUCUUAGCAUAGGGAGUUAGAGGAGACAUUACUGUACACUGUCCCCUGCAGCCUGAUCUCUCUCUCACACACACACACACACACACACAGAAAGAGGGAACUAGUAGGAGAGACACUUCCCGAACGCACACAAAACACUCAGUGGUCAGAACUCUGUCAGUAUAUUCACAGACCCUUCUUUUCCCCAGAGACUGGGAGAGAGCCACACACACACUCCUCUUGCCCAAUGUCAGGGAUUUGAAGGAGAAUGUGUGCUAAGAACACUUUCUGAGAAUCAUCUGUACUGUUGCUCUCUCUCUGUGAGUGCUGCGUUUUUACCGCUUUCCCAAAAUAAAAUACCCAAUUGGCCAAACUUGACCUCUACAGACUGGUCCCGAAGUAAAAUGCUUCUAGAAAAUCACUAUCCAACUAUGUCUUCAGUCUUUAACAACAUUUAGUUGUUUUUUGAAGUAAAUGUUUUCUGGGAAUCUACUCUUGACCUCCACUUGUACUGGUUGGCACAAAGGUUUUAAAAUAAAAAUGCUUUUAGCGAGUUUACGUAAUGUUCCUGACCUGGAGCUAACACAGUGGUAGGUUGUUAGUAGUUGUUGAUAAUCCACAUCGUCGUCCUCUGGCUCUAAACACUGAUGACUAAUCCAAGCCUUAGCUUCCUUGUCGUCUCGAUCGCUCCCCCCUGACGUGUACAUAGUAUAAAUAUAUAAAUACAGUAUCUAGCGGAAAGAAUUACUAAUUUAUGGUGUCACGUGUUCUAUUUCUCAGCGGCAAGCAUGAAGGAUUUAUUCUGUUCUGUAUCAAUGCUUCGUCCUUAUCUUUUUGUCUCUUAUUGCAGUGCUUUAUAAUGAAUGCUUUUGGAGUGCUUUAUUUCUCCACUGCUUUGCUGUGACUACUACGCCAAAACAGGCUUAAUGUGCUUUUACUGCACAAAAUGGUGCACGGUGCACACUCAACAAUCUUACCACAAAAUGUGCUUUUUAUUCACCAUUCUCUGAACUUGUUUAUUUUAUAUUUUAAAGGAACAUUUUAGAAUGUGUCACUAUUUGUCAUGUCUUUCUAUUUUUUUUGUUGUGUAUUUUUUUUGUAUAUGGUUGCAAUUAAAGUUUUCUUGAUUUUUGAAAUCA